CCUAUAAAAGCUACAGAUAAUUGAAUAUUUAAUUAGAAUUUAUUCGUGAAAAAAUAUUAUAAUUUUGACUAAGUAAACGAUUUUAUUUAUCAACAAGUUCAUAAAAUGAAUUCAUUCAAAUUGUUAAUUACAAAAUUCAUUAUAGUUUUAAUAUUUUCUAAAGAUAGUAAAUUUGUCAAGUGUACUGAUGAUGGAAAGUGUUUCGAUUCAGAAUGGCUAUAUAGACAACUUGCCGAUAUAAGAAUUCAGUUAAUGACGCUUAAAGAAGAUGUUGCUCAAAAUGUUAUAUCUGAUUCAACACUUAUUUUGCAAUAUUGCUAUCUUUUACCUGGAGAAAUUCCAGAUGAAGAAAUGCUAGAAGAUUUCAAAGAUAUUAAUCCAAGGUAUUCACCAGAACAAAUAUUAAAGUUACGAAGCUAUCUUGAAAAUAAUCAUGAAAAUAUUUCUGUUGAAAAAGAAAUGCGUGAUGAGUUUUGGAUUAAAGAAUUAAAUGAUGUUGAAUAUAAUAUGCUUACAAAAUAUUAUAAGCGAUUAAAUUUGGAUCCAUAUUAUAAAAUGACGUUACGUUUUCAUUGCACAAUAAUUUUUCGUGAAAUCGUUGAUAUAAAAAAGAAUAUUGAUGAUAAGAAAUAUAAAAUUUGUUUACUUUCAUCGUAUAUUAUUAAUAAUAAUUAUCAUAAUGUUGAUGUUUAUGAUAAUAACGUUAAUAAUGAUUAUAAAUUUGUCAAGAAUAAUUUUAAUGAAAAGAUUUUCGAUUCAGAAUGGUUAUUUAGACAACUUGCCGUUAUAAACAUUCAGUUAAUGACGCUUAAAGAAGAUGUUGCCAAAAAUGUUAUAUCUGAUUCAUCACUUAUUUUGCAAUAUUGCUAUCUUUUACCUGGAGAAAUUCCAGAUGAAGAAAUGCUAGAAGAUUUCAAAGAUAUUAAUCCAAGGUAUUCACCAGAACAAAUAUUAAAGUUACGAAGCUAUCUUGAAAAUAAUCAUGAAAAUAUUUCUGUUGAAAAAGAAAUGCGUGAUGAGUUUUGGAUAAAAGAAUUAAAUGAAGUUGAAUAUAGUAUGCUUGCAAGAUAUUACGAGCGAUUAAAUUUGGAUCCAUGUGAUCAAAAGACGUUACGUUAUCAUUUCACAAUUUUGUUCCGUGAAUUUGUGAAUAUAAAAAAGUUUAUUGAUGAUAAGAAAUAUAAAUUUUGUUUAAUAACUACGCCUACUGUUAAUAAUAAUAAUAAUAUUCAUACUAAUGAUAAUAAUAACUAUGAUACAAAUCAUAAUCUAACUAUUACAUGUAAUCCUGACAAUUAUUUUGUGGAAAUUCCUCCUACAGAACAAGUUGAUUAUUAUGUUGAAAAUGAUGAUGAUAAAAAUAAUGAUGAAAAUCAUAAUAUAACUACUACAUGGAAUACUGACAAUAAUUUUGGGGAAUUUGUUCGUACAAAUGAUGAUGAUUUUGUUGUUUAUUGUGAUGACAUUGUCUAAUAUUUGAUUAUAAUUAUUUUUCAAUUUAUUUUAUUUUUAUGUAAAACCAUUAUUUUUUUUUAAUUAUGAAAAACCAACAAUAAUUUGUAUAAUUCACAAAUAUAUAAUAAUAGUAUCUUAUCAAAUGAUAUAAAAUAAAAUAAAAAUUUAACUUUAA